AUGAGAAAUAAAUAUAUUAUUUUUUUAUAUUUAUUUGUAUUAAUAUCACCUAUUUAUUGUAACGAUCCUCCAAAAUGUAUAACAACAAAAAAUAUUUACAAGGAUAGUCAAGUAUUUGAGGAUGGAGUUAAAAUAGAAAAGAAUGUCGAAUGGUGGUUUUUAGAACAAUUAAGUCACAGUCAAGGUGCUAUUUAUACUGAUAACACAUUAAAAGGAGGAAGUUCAGAGAUAAAUGAAAUUGCAAAUUAUAAUAUUAGAGAUCCAAAAGAACCAAACCCUAUUACAUCUACAUACAAACAGAGUUUACCAAAUAAAUCUGACAACAAAAUUAUAUAUAAUAGUUUGACUUAUAAUGAUCAGCUCAGUAGUGGUGAAGAUAGUGCACAUGCAAAAGGAUUUUUCAUUUGGAAUGAAAAUGGGGGAAUUCAUGUAAUUCACAGUGUUCCAAGAUCUCCAGAAACAGGAUAUGAACCUCUUUUUAAUUUCGAUAAAAAUACUUUAAAUCAUCAACAUGCUCAACAUUCAAUUUGUAUAACUUUGUCAAAAGAAGAACUUUAUAUUAUUCCAAAGUAUAUUAUUUAUAGUAAUUUAAAUAUUCAAACCAUUAAUACAGUUUCAACAGGAAAUGGUAAAAAGGUUAAAAAGGUAUCAUCAGCCGAUUCUUAUUCCGAAAAUCUUCAAACAGAGGUUGAAAAGAUAAGCUCAGGAGUCAUUAAGUUGGAAAAAAUUGAUAGUUCAAUUUUAGAAACAAAAAUUCCCAAAACUUUUAAAGAAUUGGAUGAUCUAAUGAGUGAUAAUAUUUUUGUUAAAAAAAAGAAUAAAGUUGAUCCUGAUAUAUGGGAUGGAAUUAUUUAUUUAAAUAAAUGGUCACAAUUGGCAGAUUUAAUUCUAAACAAAAAUAUUACAUCAUCAGAUACAGCUCAUGAAACAAAUGUUCACUAUAAUAAAAUUUAUGAGAGUAAAAAUAAAGGGGAUUACUUCAUUCAAACAACAAAUACACACCUUUAUAAAGAGUAUAGUGAUAAAAUUGAAAAUACUCACAAGGAAAAAAUUAAAUUUUUUAUACUUUGGCAUUACAUCUAUAGUUUUAAAAAUGGUAAUAAUUUUAAAACAAUGGUCCAUACUCAAACAAAGAUGGAAAAAGGAAAAAAUGAAAUGUCUCCAGCAGUUGUAUCAAUAUAUCUUUCUUACAGAUUCGAAACACCUUGGUCAACAGUUAUUAGCUCUGAUUCAGGAAGUGACCAUUCAAAAAUGUCUUAUCAAAUCAAUUAUAUGGAUAAAGCAUAUAGCGGUGGCGGUGGUGGGACUAUUUGCUUUGGUGAUUUAAAUUGGCAUGGAAGGCAAGAGGCACGUGGAGGUGGUUCUUUUUGCAGUGACGAAAUGAAAUAUCUUUCUGAAUACUUUUACAGAAGAGUUGGUAUAAUUAGACACCCAGAGGAUGGUCAAUAUCUUAGAAAAGCUUCUUUAAGAUUAAAUAGCAUUGCAGGUCAAAAGUUGAAUUUAAACGAAUUAAUAGAAAAAUAUCCAAAUGAUCUAAUGUUUUAG